AUGAUUUUCAAAAUGAUUAGACUGUUAAUGAUAGUUGCAAUGAACGAUAUUAUAAUGGCUCAAUUUUCCUGCAAGAAUCGUAACGGAAAAUCUGUUGAUUGGAAUUAUUUUAUCUCUUUUACAAUGACCAAGCACCAGUUAACGAAAAAAAAAAGUCAUCUAAACCGCGCGCAUGCAAAAGGGGUCGCUGUUUUCGGUAACACAUCCGGUUUCUGGCUUGUUCAUAGUGUACCUAAAUUUCCUUCACUUAAACGCUAUUCAUAUGCUGAGAACGGUCAAACUUAUGGGCAGUCAUUUCUGUGUGUCACAUUGAAAACAACAUCCAUCAAAGUAUUUGCGAAUGCGAUGAGAUAUAUCUAUCCGGAAGUGUACGGUAUCACUGUGCCCAGAAAUUUCUUGAAUAGAUUCCCAUUGUUGGAAGAUCUGAAAGAGUUAAAAAAGAAAAGAAUUUCCAAUAUGUCAUCGUUGCUUCAGAACUUUAAGUCGAAUGGUAAUGUGGAUUUCUUUGCUUUCUCAAAGACUGGAAAAUAUAACAAAGAUCUUUAUUUGGAUUUGAUUGCAAAAGAAAUGAAUGUAUCACUUUUUGCUGAGACAUGGAUGAACGGUGCUGCAAAAGACUUAAAUUCGGAAUGCACUACUAAAUAUAAAGUAAUAAAUGUCAAGGAAUUGAAUGUCGCGGGUGACAAAUUUGCCAGCAACAGAGAUCAUUCAAAGUGGGCCAUUGCCGAAAACAAGACAAAACCACUUGUAUGCAUUGGUGACAUUAACAGGCAGGAAUCACAGAAAAAGCGAGGAGGUGGAGCAGUAUGCUUAUUGAAUAAGAAUAUUUGGAAUUUAUAUAAUAAAUCAAUUACCGAUGUAGAAAGUUGUAAAGUUAAAUGA